UCAUAAACACACUCUCCACUUCUCUUCUUCACUCAUUUCGAAACCAUCAACAAAAUGGUCUCUCCAUUUAACACAAAAUUUAAUAACCUUUAGGGUUUCCAAAUGGAUGAUUUAACUGGUGAUGAUUUCGGUGAUUUAUACUUAGAUGUUGUGAUUCAAGCGAGUUCAGUUAUCAAUUCAUUACCAAACUCCAGUAAUUUAUAUACAGAAUCAGAAUCACAUCAAGGAAAUGAAGGCAGUGAUCAUAAAAAAGUUAAUCAAAGCGAAAAAGAAGAGAACCUGGUGUCGGUGUCCAAGGAAUUAAACGAAGAGAAGUUGGGGGUUUUGGAGGAGGUUGGUGAUGGGAGUGAUAGUGAAGAUGAUCUGAAUAUUGUUUUGAAUGAUGAGGAUUGUAAAGGGUUUGAAGUUGGCAGAGCAAGGAACGGUAAUGGUAAUGGCGGUGGCGGUUUCGAGGAGGAAGAAGGGGAGGGUGGUAAUUUUGUUGGUGCUAAAAAUGGAGUAGAAUGUAGUGCUAGUGGGAAUGGAGUAAGGGGUAUUCAUCACUUGCCUCAUUUGCAUUAUAAGAAUGUAAGACCUUAUGGAUCAUCAUUUCCGAGCAAUAAAAAAGGCAAUGAAUCUGCUGGGGUGGCAUCUCGUUCUUCCAGCUCUGCUAGAGGUAAUUGGGAAGAUAACAGGUGCAAGCAACACAAGGUAAAUUCAGGCCGGGUUGCUAAUUUUCAUGCUACAACCAAUUCAGUACUAUCUCAUGGUGGAUAUGGUUACUCACUUCCAUGGUAUAGGAGUAUACUAGAUGUAAAUAUUGAUGCAUUUGAAGAAAAGCAAUGGAGGUAUCCUGGAGUUGAUAUAUCCAAUUUCUUCAAUUUUGGUUUCAAUGAGGAUAGCUGGAAACAGUACUGCAUGUCAUUGGAGCAAUAUGGGCAACAGUCUUACAUGCAUGGUGCAAUGUCAAUUCUUCAUUCUUCAAAAUCUACCCAGCGAAAAGGCAGAGCAAUUCAGGUUGAAGACAGCACUGGUGAACGUCAACCAACCAUGGAUCUAAGGCGUCCACGUGUUUGGGAUUCUGAUGUUGUUAUAAAGAUCAAUGUGCAGGACUCCAAUGACAAUUCCUCUCAGUCCAGCAUGGAGCAAUCACGCCAUAUAGAUAGCAUUGAACCCGGAGCAUCAAAAAGAAGGGAUUUAAAUGUUGAUGAUAAAAGAGAUGCCUGCUCUUCUGGUAGUGCCAGUAGAGAUGAACCCUCUGCGGAGUCUCUGGAAGGAAAUCUCAGGGGUUUCCAGUCAAUGUCGGUGUCCAAUAAAAUGUCUCCGAAUACUGAUAAUUAUGAAGCCAACCAGAUUUCUAAUGCGGAUGGGUAUCGCCAUCAAAAGGAAAAUGCCCAUUCUUCAGAAGGCAUUGCUGAAAAAAUGGAAACUGUAGACGAGGAAGAGGAAGAAAUUGACAGGAAGGAGUGUAAGUCAGAUCAAUUUCUGAGUGAGCCAGAACUAUCACUGAGUGAUUACAGUUAUUUUAGCCCAAGUCUAUCCUACUCUGACAGUAAUUCUGAAGCAUCCAGAGACAAUAUCUGUCAUCCUCUCAAAGAUUCUCCUGGUCCCUUAAGAAAGCCAUCUUUGGGCACCAAGUUACAGGAAUCUGUUACAUCUAACCAUAAGAGCCCUAAAAGAAAUGGUGUUAUAAGAACAUCAGGUAUCCAAAAUUGUUCAAGUCAUAAAAGACCUGUUUGGGAGGAAAGGAAGGAUCACAAUCGGAGACUCCAUAGAGUUCCUGAAUGGAGGAUCCUUCCUAAUAAUGAUAGCUAUACCUCUCCCACACUUAGGGAUCGCUCAUCCCUUGAUUGUAGCAGACAGAUUGAAAAUCUGCAUGAUUUUGAUUAUCGAAAUGGAGAAGAUUUCUCUUAUAGUCGGCAGAAAGACCCUUCUUGUGGUUACAAUGGUAAAAGGUGCAGGGAUGACCAUGCUCAGGCUGUUUACAAAAAACACUGUCAUAGAAAAUAUAAUCAUAGCUUUAAAGAUGAGAUGAUUCCACAGAACAGAAGGGAUUGGAAUGAGAAGGAAUUUUUCCAUGAACGAAGCUGUAGAAUAGAUGAUCAAGAUACGUGCAAAGAUUUGUAUAGUUCUGGAAGAGGACUCUUUCCGGAGGACGUGAUUCCUCCCACUUAUUGGAGGCCAAGACAUUUGGUUUCCAAGUACAACAAUCACAAAGAGAGAGAAAUUCUAUGGAAAAGGAAGAGUGGAAACAUCCAAUUUCAGAAGAGCACUCACAGUAUGCACUUGCUUGGUCAUGAAAAUGAAGAUGACUUAAUGCAAGAAAAUUGUGGAAGAUCUGUUCCACUGGCCAACCAGAAAAGGUUUUCUUUGAAUGAAAAAUGUGAAAGGCGCAACUUUAUUGGGAGAGAAGGGAAUCCUUCCAGUAGAAGGGUUAAAUAUGGCUGUGAUCCCCGUAUGGAUUUGAAUAGUUCAUGGAACAUGGAAACUGAAGAAGAUUAUUGUGAUCCACUUCAUCAACAUUUUUUCUCCAAGUAUCAGAGGGAAACUUAUGAAUCCAAUGAUGGAAGGUGGCAGGAGAUGUUGCCGUCAAGAAGUGUUAUGUUCAACUCCAGAUUAACUGAAAGAUAUAGGAGACCAAAGAGACGAAUAUGCAUCAGGGAAGGCCAGGAUCGUGGUUGGGAUGGUAGUUUUAACGAUACCAUUGAUGCUGAAGAUGGUAUCAUUUAUCCUGACGAUCAGGUUCAUUUGGAGAGGAGAAAAUAUAGCAGGAGAUCUAGAGUACUUAAGUGGAAACAGGAUAAAUCUAUUUUAAGGCAUCAUGUUGGUGAUUUUUAUGUUGAAAGGAAACCAUGUUUCUAUGGAGUAACUUCAACACAUGAAAAAAUUCAUGCUAAACAUAGAUCUGCCACUGGUGGGGUGGUGGUUAAUGGUAUGGAUUUUAGCCGGCAUAGCUACAAAAUGAUCAGAGAAGGAAGUAAUGCUAGGUGUGUCAAUAGAAAUCCUGGUAGGAUGUAUAGAAGGGGGCAUGAGAAGAUGGUCAGGAGGUGCUGUGAUCCAGUUGACUUGAAUGUUGGAGAAGUAAAGAAAAGUAUGUUUAAAAGGAUGGAUCUGAAGUUUGCCAAGGAGCCAAUGUGUUCGAAGGAUUUCAAUGAAUCCCAGACAGGAAUCCAAACUGAUGUUCUUGAAACUGGAGGUGAUGAUAAAGAGAAAUGGAUCGGUAAAUCUCAAGUUACUGAGCAAAAUGAAAAAUUGAACAUUGAAGACGGCCAGAUAAUGGCAGAAGAAUCAAGCAUGGAAAGCAAGUUGGCAAAAAAAUGUGCUUUUAAAAGUGUGGUUCCAACUUGCAAUGCGAAGAAUAGAAAUUUUCUCUGUGAAAAUGCUUCCAAUAGAAACAAGAAUGAUGGGGCAGUUGACAGUAAACGGAUACUGGACACGAUAGCAAAGAUGGAAAAACGUAGGGAGCGCUUUAAGGAUCCAAUUGCACAGAAAAAGGAACUGGACAAGACUUCCAAACCCCAAGUUGAAGUGAUAAUCGAUACAGUUCCAGCUAACCAAGAUAGGCCAGCCAGAAAAAGACGAUGGGGUGGAACUUAGGCGUUCGCAGGUACAUUGCAUUUAUCCUUUCUUAAUCAUCCAUUCUGGGGCUCCAGGUUUACCUCAGACUGUCUAUUGAUGGAUAGAAGCAGGCAAGUUAUCAUGGAAAUUACUACUCGAUGACUGACAAAUUAUGUGGAGGUCCGGUGGAAAUAUUUCAUUUUUCUUGAUUUAAUAAAUGCCAUGCAUUAUUUAAUUGUGCUGAUACACGUCUAUGAUGCUCAUCAUAGUGUUAAUUUCAUAUUUAAUUGAUGGCUACGACAAGUCUCGGUUGUAUGAUAUUCAGAGCUUGAUCAUUAUUUUCUUUCAAGUUAAUAUUUAUUGAUUAGGAUAAA